AUGUCUCUAGAACAGGCCAAAAACGCCCUUGUUGCGUCUUUCUUUGAACUUUCCAACGCUGCUAAGGACGCUGCCACCGCAACCGUCAAUUUUUAUAAAGCUGCCGGCGUUGACGCUUCCGACACGGCCUCGUCGUUGGCGGCCUUGAGCGACAAAAUAACCGGAGCCACCCAGGCGGCGUUGGCUGAUCUUCCUAAGCUUGAACAAGCAGCAGCAGCGGCGUCCAAGGCCAAUGGGUCCGUGGCGACGCCUGCUAAGGCUGCCGCCAAAACAAUUCCCAGAAAAAGAAAGAGACCCGCCAAGGAUGAUGAGCAGCCGGCUCCGGAGCCGGCGAAGGCAGCUGAGCCCGCAGAGGCUUCUUCAGGCUCCUCGUCUUCGUCUUCAUCAUCUGUUUCCAAUUCCAGCGGGCCUUCCUCUCCUACAGAGACCACUUCAGCUGAAGGUGCUGCUCCGGUUGAUGCUCCUGUUGCUGCUCCGGAAAAACCUGAAAAACCCAAGAAGAGAAAGAUCGAGAGAGAUCCCAACGCGCCUAAGAAGCCAUUGACCACGUAUUUGCGCUUCAAUCUCAGUAUUCGUGACCAAAUGAAGAGAGAAAGAAUCGAGAAUGGCCUCCCUACUUACCCAGCCACCGAGCUCAAUCAGAUCAUCGCUGAACGCUGGGCUAACUUGAGCCCCGAGGACAAGGAAUCCUUGCAGAAGGCUUACGAGUCUGAGUUCGAAGACUACAAGAAGGCUUUAGAGUCGUACAAUGCCACGAAGACGGCUGAAGGUGGACAGCCCAUUCCAAUUCCUGGCGCUAACAAGAAGACUGGUGCCAAACCAGGCCCUAAGCCAAAGAAGAAGGAGACUGAAGCCCAACAGAAAGGAAACUUAGAUUCAGCUGUGCCAAAAGCUACACCAAAAGAGGCACCAAAAGCGGCACCAAAAGCAGCUGCACCAAAAGCUGUAGAGGCCAGGGCCCCAGAGUCGGCACCAAAAGAACAGAGUGAGCCUGUCCCUGUGGCCACUCCAGCCAAGACAGAGAAAAAACCAUCUGUUCAAGCCACUCCAGCCAAGACGGAGAAGAAAACGUCAGUUCAGCCGACUCCUAAAGAAAAGAAAAAGAAAGCCAAGCCUGCUGCAUCCUCCUCUACUGGAAGUGAAACUCAAGCUGUUGCCAAUGCCAUUGCAGCUGCCGCAGCUGAAGUAGCAGAGGAGGCUGCUAAAGUCGAGCAGCACGACAGCAAGUCCUCUCCAAAUGCCAACACCUCUCAGGGUCAGCAGGGUAGCAGCCAACACAAGAAGAAGAAAAAGAAGGACGGGGAAAAGAAAAAGAAGAAGCAGCAUCUGCAGCCUGGUUCUAGCGAGGCCAACCAGGAACAAUAG